UCAAAACAAAAGAAAUAAAAAAAAAUCAGAAGCUUUGCCGGAAGGAAAGUCCGGCGAGGAGUUUGAAGGGCGCGCGGGAGAUUCGAGUGACAUGAUGAUGAAGAGUUACGGCGAAGCUGUGAACGAUCAACGGCAGCGACUGGAUAUGCCGCCGGGGUUCCGGUUCCAUCCGACGGAUGACGAACUGGUGGUGCACUAUCUCUGCCGGAAAUGCGCCGGCCAGUCAAUCUCCGUUCCGAUCAUUGCCGACAUCGAUCUUUACAAGUUUGACCCCUGGCAGCUUCCCGGUUUGGCGUUGUACGGUGAGAAAGAAUGGUACUUCUUUUCCCCGAGAGACCGGAAGUACCCGAACGGGUCGCGCCCCAACAGGGCUGCCGGAACAGGGUACUGGAAGGCCACCGGAGCCGAUAAGCCCGUCGGUAAACCCAAAACUCUGGGGAUAAAGAAAGCUCUGGUUUUCUACGCCGGCAAGGCCCCUAAAGGCUUAAAGACUAAUUGGAUCAUGCACGAGUACCGUCUAGCUAACGUCGACCGUUCCGCCGGAAAAAGAAGCAAUUUGCGGCUUGAUGAUUGGGUGUUGUGCCGGAUAUACAACAAGAAAGGCACGGUGGAGAAGAACUAUAACGCCGUCGGCGAUCUACCGGAAGUUCAAGAACAGAAGCCGAACAUCAUCAAACAACCCGGGACGGCGCUGCUGCAGGCGCCGCCACGGCCGCUUCCCGCGGCGGUGGAGGCCAAGAAGGAGCACGUGCAGUUCGACACGUCGGAGUCGGUGCCGAAGUGGCACACGGAGUCCAGCUGCUGUUCGGAGCAAGUGAUGUCUCCGGCGGGGUUCGCCGCCGAGAAGGAGGUGCAGAGCGCGGCAAAAUGGGACGACAUGGAUUUCCAGCUCAACAACUUCAUCGAUCCUAUGCAAGAUGAUCUGUUUCAUUACCAGCAGUACAAUGAUCCCUUCCAAGACUUGUUCAUGUACUCGAACAAGCCUUUCUAAAUUUAAGAAAAAUAUAAGGAAAAAAAAAACAAAGAAAACAGAGCUUUUGUUUAAAUUUAAAUAGAUUGAUUUGUUCAAUAUUACUGGUAGCUAGAUUAUACUAGGAGCUCAUUAGGCGACAUUCUUUGUCCCACUGAAAAUACUUAAUGUUCAAAAUAUUUUGGUCAUUUCACAAGCUAACCAUCACUGUUCAUCUUCUUAAUUAAAUUAUCUUUUACUGU